AUGUCUGCAUCCACAAUGUGUACCACGGCGUUGUCCUUUACACGAACAAACGGUCUCUGCUUGGGAAAUUAUGCACUCCGUUUAUUGAACAGAACAGCUACUUAUUCAACAGCGUUAUCUACGAACAAUGGCAAAGGCUUCCCAAAUAGAGGCAUCAGAGGACCAAGAAGGCCAAAGCGGGAGUCUGGAGCGCCUAGAACAGAGAAGAUGCCAGAAAAUCAAGACUGGACAGCUGUGUACCCAUCUGCAGCACCUUUUAAACCUUCAGCUGUACCCCUACCUGUAAGAAUGGGUUACCCAGUGAACAGAGGGGUACCUGCAGAGAAGAAGGGCAACUUGGAGCUCAUGAAGAUUCCAAACUUCUUGCACUUAACUCCUGCUGCCAUUCAGAAACACUGUGAUGCAUUAAAACCCUUCUGCACAGAGUGGCCUGCUGGCCUGGACUCGGAUGCUGCUCGUGAAGAACAUUUUCCCAUACAAGUGGAGAGCAAAGAAUUUGUGUCUGCCGGUAGUUCACUGAGGAAUCCAAAAACCCGUGUAGUCACACUCAGAGUGAAGCUGUCUAGUCUGAACUUGGAUGAACAUGCAAGAAAAAAGAUGGUCAAACUAGUGGGAGACCGAUACUGCGAAGAGACAGAUACACUCACCAUUGUAACAGAAAAUUGCCCUUUAAGACAGCAGAACUAUGAUUAUGCUAUGUACCUCCUGACUGUGCUCUAUCAUGAAUCUUGGAAAACAGAGGUAUGGGAAGCUGAGAAAACCCGUGCAGACAUGGAGGAGUACCACUGGGACGACAGCCGCUCCCAGAAGAACGUUCUGGACACACUGCGGCGAAUGCGAGUAACCUCCGAGGGGGAGGAAGACCCCGGCGCUGUGAGGGAGGAGCUGCUCGGCCAGCCCGAGGUGCAGGAAUACCGAGAGUCGGUCACACGUUUGAAGAACGAGGGAGAGACCGAGGAGACUAUGUUGCAGUACCGUGAGGCAGUGAAGAAACUUUUGAACGUCUAACUGACGAACUCUCCAGUCAGCAGAACACACACACUUGGUUUCUGUAAAAGCCUUGGGCUGGAACUGUCUCGUGGUAGUGACCAAGUAAAGUGGUUAUCGUCACCAUUCCUACAACACCAAUUCGAGGCAAAACCUUUCUGUCAUUUCUGAUUGGACUGACUGUAGUCAAGGAGUCCCAGAAGUAUUCUGUAAUUAAAAAGAGUAUAAAAAUCCCUCAUACUGAAACAUUGCUUAUUUAAAAUAAAUAUCUGUGAACCCCUA